UAAUCUAAAUUAUUUCUUUUUAUUAGUUGCAUUUAAACCUUGAUGCAUUCUGGUUGAUAAAACAGUUCCCUAAAUGUCAAAUGUCAUCUAGAAAUACAUCUGUGACUUGUCAGUUUUAAGCGUAAAAGAUUUCAUGGUUAAAUUGUUAAACUUUAAGAAUAUAAGUGUAUGGGCGCGUUUAAAUUAUUGAAAAUCGUUCGCGGGUGGUGUAAGUGUGUUGCAUUUCCGGUUUCGUUAAUAAUAAAAGAGAAACUGGAAACAUAACCUUUCGUCACUUGCGACUGCGCGUUUUAACUGAACCGCCAACAUGGAAAAUAUCAAAUUCGCGUUGCAUUCGCCCGUCGGCCGCUGCUUUGUGAUUACGUCGGGAUUAGUUGUUGAUACCGCACGAAAAUGCCACCGCAAAACGUAGAAAAUUCCGAUAAAAGUUACACGUUAAAAGAAAUUAAUAAUAAAAUGCCUUCGACGAUACCAUCGAACCGUUCCAGCGAACAACUGGUUAAUUCAACCACCUCGGAGGAGCCUUCCGAAGAAAACGUGUACACCGAUGUUACGUUAAGAGAUAUCAAAUGUAGGGAUUGGAUUAUUAUGUUUAUUUUGUGUUUCGUCAAUCUUAUUAAUUAUAUGGAUCGAUUUACAUUGGCAGGUAUCUUGGAAGAUAUUAAAGAAUACUUUGAAAUAAGAGAUGAUUACGCCGGGUUACUACAAACCAGUUUUAUUCUUAGCUACAUGUUUUUCGCACCGCUUUUUGGCUUUUUGGGCGAUAGAUAUAGCCGGAAAUGGAUUAUGGCAUUCGGUGUGGCGAUGUGGAGUAUAACAACGCUUUUAGGAUCGUUUAUGACCGAUUUCGUGUGGUUUAUUGUAUUUAGAGCUUUAGUUGGAAUCGGCGAAGCAAGUUAUUCAACAAUAGCACCGACGAUAAUAAGUGAUCUCUUCGUUAAAGAUGUUAGAUCGAAAAUGUUAGCCUUUUUCUAUUUUGCUAUACCCGUAGGAAGUGGUUUGGGUUAUAUAAUCGGUGCUCAAACGGCGCAUCUAAUGGGUUCUUGGCAAUGGUCGUUACGGGUAACGCCAGCUCUAGGUUUAUUAGCAGUAUUAUUAAUAGUAUUUGUGAUAAAAGAUCCGGUUAGGGGUCAAAGCGAGAAUAGCGACAUGGUGGUGACACCAUGGAAAGAAGAUUUACAAGAACUUUGUAAAAAUAAAAGCUUUAUGCUUUCAACUGCGGGUUUUACCUGCGUUGCUUUCGUCGCUGGUGCCUUAGCUUGGUGGGGACCAAAUAUUAUUUACCUUGGGAUUCGUUUACAACCAGGAAUGAUUGAUGUUAAAGAAUCAGACGUUGCUUUUACGUUCGGUGUGAUAUCGAUGAUUUCGGGCCUGAUGGGGGUCCCUUGCGGAAGUUUCUUGGCCCAACGACUCCGCAGCAAAUACGAGCGAGUUGAUCCGUAUGUGUGCGCAUUCGGUUUGAUGGUAUCGGCACCAUUAAUUUAUCUCGCCCUCAUCGUUGUUUCCAAAAGCACCGUGGCCUGUUAUAUUCUCGUCUUCUUCGGCGAAUUCUUCCUGAACAUGAACUGGUCCAUUGUAACCGAUAUUAUGUUGUAUGUUGUUUUACCUACGAGGAGAGCAACAGCUGCAGGCUUCCAACUCCUCGUUUCUCAUGCAUUGGGCGAUGCGGGGAGCCCAUAUCUUAUAGGAGUUAUAUCUGAGGCAUUGAAAAUAGCAUUAAGCGGUUGGGGAAAAUCAGCGAUUCAACCAUUCGAUGAAGUGAUUGAAACUACAACAGCUUUAUCAGUUACAACACCAGAACCUCCGGAUUACGACAAGAUGUGGAUACAAUUUAGAGCAUUGCAAUAUUCUAUUUUUACGACGUGUUUCGUGGAAGUUUUGGGCGGAUUUUUCUUCCUUGCGACCGCUAUUUUCAUUGUUAAGGAUCGGAAAAAAAUCGAUGAUACGAUUAAAGAUACUCUAUCAAAAAAGCAAGUCGAAGAAUUCCCACCGGAAGCUGUAGUCUCUCGGUACACCAGAAAUGGAUUUGAAUAAGCUCUCCCGUAGUUUGCACACGAACGGAUCCGGAACGACGCAGUUUAAUGCCUUGAUGUGUCAACGAAAAUUGAACUGGUUUAUUUAAGAAAAAUUAUUGAGAAAUCAAGUUGAGGAAGUCAAUUAAAUAUAUAAAAAUUUUAAAUUAUAUUAAAUCUUAAAGUUUAUUUGUAUUCCGUGAAUACAAGGAAAUGAGAUUAAGCUGAAAUCGACAUAUCGGCACCGAUUUCGAAGAAAACUGAGUUGAGCUUCCGGAUGGUUUUGUUUGUUUGGUUUUUUAGAGUGUUAAUUAAGGAGAGAUGUCUUAAAAAUAAUCCCAUUAUUUAUUCCUGGUCUUUUAUUGUAUUAAUUUAAGACUGAAACCUGUACAUAAUUAAUGAAAUCGUAUAUUUGAUGAGGAAUCAUUUUUGAAAUCGUUUUAUAUCUAUUUUUCUUUUUAAAUAAAAUAAAAGUUUAAAGAUUAAA